AUGGCCGCACCUGCACGCCCCAAUCCCAACACCGCCGGGACAACCUACCUUAACAUACCGUCUGUUGCAAAUGAAAUCCGAGCUAUUCGUCGCAGCACGGACGAGGGCCAUAUAAGUGGCAUCUGGAAUGCCAUUUUGAACUGGACAUUCGACCCUGUGAACGGGUACAUAACGCGCCCACAGAACAUGCAUAGAGCCCGUGGAAGAAGAGGGUUUUCGGACUUCCACACCCUUCAGUAUUUUGGCGCCAAUCGCCGGUUUUUUCUGAUUACGCAGUGCAAGAGACCGACGCCAGGGGACGCAAUCUGGGAGGAGGGCCGUCAGCAGCUCGAUCGGUACCUUUCAAUGCAGCAUCGCACUCGGCCGGCGAAUGCGAGACCCAGAGUCUAUGGUAUUCUGGCAGUGGGUCGGUAUGUGCGUUUUUACAUCUACAGCGAUAACAGACAAGGAUGUAACAGUUGGCGUCCUGGGCGGCAAUGGGCGGAAACACACGAAGAUCAAAGAGGUUAUGAUAUUCUGAAUGAAGCUCAUCUGGUACAGAAUGCCUUGCGUUUCAUCCUGAAUAACCAUUAA